AUGAGCCAUCCCCGCAAAACACCAAGCAAUCAGCCUGGACUAGCUGCACCACAGCCACCAACGCCGGAAGAGCGUUCGAGUUCCGCCGAGCGUAAACGAAGACAUACGGGGUCGAACGAGCCGGGGAGACGACCUUGCCCUUACCCAUACGCAACGUCCGCUACCUCCGGCUCGAGUAGUAGGACCAUCAGACCGGCUGCUAUGAGCGCUGCUUCUGCGCCGAACCAGCCCGGCAGGUCCCUGGAGACGGCGAUAGACCUGACCACUCCGCCACGGCAGCGAACGGCUGUCCCGCCUCGUCUCAGCAGUGUGGAUGAUACGGGAGCGUCAGGGUUGAGCUUGCGGCGAGGCAGCGAUAUCGUCCUGCCCAAAUGGCAGCCGGACUCCGAAGUCACACGAUGUCCAGUAUGCCAGACCGAGUUCAGCUUCUGGUACCGCAAACACCACUGCCGCAAAUGCGGCCGCGUGCCGCCGAACCCGUACGAAGAGGCAGGCCUCUCAUCGCCAGCAGCCAGCGAGCCCGACAGUCCAUUCAGCCGAGCGCUAGGCGGCGGUGAGGUGGUCAGGGUAUGCAAUCCAUGUGUUCCCGAUCCGUGGACACCUGAUGCAGCGCCGACGAGGAGUGCCGGACCAUCCACUCAAAUGCCAGUACCACCACCACCACCACCCCCCCGCCGUCAGAUCCGCGAGGAAGACGAGUGUCCCGUCUGCGGCAAUGAAAUGCCCCCCGGCGAGCAAGUCCGCGAAAAGCACAUCCAAGAGUGCAUCGCGACGCGUUUCAGCUCCACGCCAUCCACCUCCACAGCUGCCCAUCCGCCACCAAUCCCACAGACCUCCACGGGCGCAGAAGCUGCUGCGUCGACCUCAGCGCCUUCAGACGCGGCUUCUUCCCGUCCGCGAUCAACGAGUUAUCGUCCGAGGGGCAUGUUCGUCUAUCGCGCUGGGGAGAAGGAUUGCAUCGACGACUCCGGUCAACAGACCGAGUGCGUCAUCUGCUUUGAGGAGUUCCAACCGGGCGACGAGUUGGGACGGAUGGAAUGUUUGUGCAAAUUUCACCGCGCGUGUCUGAGGCAGUGGUGGGAUACGAAGGGGGUUGGCAAUUGUCCGACGCAUACUUUGCCUACUGAAUAG